UAUAAAUCUAGUUAGAUUUAACCUGACAAGAUUUCCUCUUCUCACCUGCUGUAAUGGCUUCCCGCUCUCACGGAGACAAGCACUAGCGCAGUCCCUCUACGUGACCGUCCCUCUCAUCCUUAAACAAGGAGAUGAGUAACAGAACUGUCGUAUUUGUCUAACUUUCUGCAGCCAUAAGAGCCGUUUCACACUGUCUUACAAGGGGCAAACACUAGCAGUUCACCACGAAGAAUGUAACCAUCUGUGCUGCAAACAUGCACUAACAAAAAUUUAAAUUAAAGAAAAUCACCUUGUUAAUUUUACUUGGAGGUAGAGACAUUCUGUACCAUACAAACCUAAGAAGCAAUACUGUACGAGGUGUGAUCGGUUAAUGAUUCAGUUUAAAACGUAUUGCAAUAAAAGACACAUUGUGAUUGAUCUCUGGCAACCUCCUUCCUGUCACGUCAGGCACACGCGUCCCCCGUUCCUGGAGCGGCCCUGUGAGUCCUGGAAACCCGAGUCCGCGCGCUCGGCUCCCCAGUCCCCGCGGGUGGGCCGGGCCGGAGGUGCCUCUGCUCCCAGAUCCCUGGUCCGCGCACUCAUGGCCGCUCCCAGCAAGGCAGUGAUUGUGCCCGGGAACGGAGGCGGGGAUGUGGCCACCCACGGCUGGUACGGCUGGGUGAAGAGGGCGCUGGAGCAGAUACCUGGUUUCCAGUGUUUGGCCAAAAACAUGCCUGACCCAAUUACAGCCCGGGAGAGCAUCUGGCUGCCCUUCAUGGAGACGGAGCUGCAGUGUGAUGAGAAGACCAUCGUCAUAGGCCACAGCUCUGGGGCCAUCGCAGCCAUGAGGUAUGCAGAGACACAUCGUGUCUAUGCUAUUGUGUUAGUGUCUGCAUACACAACAGACUUGGGGGAUGAAAAUGAGCACGCAAGUGGAUACUUCAACCGCCCCUGGCAGUGGGAGAAGAUCAAGGCCAACUGCCCUCACAUUGUGCAGUUCGGCUCCAUGGACGACCCUUUCCUUCCCUGGAAGGAACAACAAGAAGUGGCAGAUAGGCUGGGGGCCAAGCUAUACAAAUUCACUGACCGCGGUCACUUUCAGAACACAGAGUUCCAUGAAUUGCUCAGUGUGGUUAAGUCGAUGCUGCAAGUGCCUGUGUAGUCAGGAAGGCUCCUGCUACCCUGCAUCCCAGUGGAGGGGGCGAGUGGUGAUACUUUAAGUUACCAGGCAUAAAACACUGUUAGGUUUCAGAGGUGCCUGAGGAUGCAAGUUUCCAGUCACACUAAGUAACAAACAGCAUUUCCAUUUUCUGCAGAAUGUAAAUCUUCCCAAACUGCUAUGAACCACAGCAGUCUUUCUUCCAUGGAUAAGGGACCUAAGGACAGUUAAAUUGUCCUUACUUAUCUGAAGAGAGUAAGUCAGAAAUAGAACCCAGGUUCCCUGAUCUCAGUCCAGAUUUAAACUAAAUAAUGUUAGAGAGCUGUAAUCUUUUCCUUAUAGAAAUAGAACUUUUCUGCUUUAGGGAAAGGAAAUGUGACUACAGGUCCAGAGAAUUGGCUUAGAGCUCAGAACACUACUGUUGUUUCAGUGGACCCAGGAUAUUAAAUCCUUCACCAGUGACACUGCCCUCUGCCCCCUGGUCCUUCAGACAGGUUGAGAGAGACCAACACACAAGGAGGCUGAGGCAGGCAGUGCCUGAGUCAGGCGGGGAGCAGAAGCACAGCCUUGUAUAAUAUCCACUGAGUGACUGAUAGGUACAGGACAAGAGUAAUGGGACCUGGGCCAUGCAGAGAGCUCAUGCCCUGCUUGAGUUGUUGCUGAGUAUAAAUGUGACAAGGUCUGGCCAAUUUUCUGAUUUUUCCAGGAAAAUCUUCAUCCUGUGGUUUUUUAACUUGGGGAAUAUACACAUGUAUCUAUAAUCCUUGUGUCCAGAAACUAUGCCCAGUUCAUAUCUAUAUGGAUUAUAAUAGUUGGAAAGCACACUGUAAAAGUUAAAAAUUUUGCACACAUGGCAAGAUCCAAGUCAUCCAUUUGUGACCAUGGCCACAGGCAUUAGCUGACCCAGGUGCUUUUGGAUAAUUCUGUAUAAAGACCAAGAAAAGCCUAACAAUACCAAAAUGAACAUGUCAAAGCAUUAAAUACAUGGCAGCAAUUUGGAAAUGGUUACUCUUAAGUAUUUUUAAAAAUAGCCUUUCUCCUCAAACCAACAAACAAAAAAUAACCUUUCUUGCAUAGUGGCACACACCUGUAAUCCUAGCACUCUGGGAGGCUGAGGCAGGAGGAUCAGAAGUUCAAGCCCAGAUUGUGUGAUUUAGUGAUUUAGCAAGACCCUGC